AUGGGGGGGGCCCCUGUGCCGACAGCAGCAGCAGCAGCAGCAGCAGCAGCAGCAGCAGCAGCAGCAGCAGGAGCAGCAGCAGCGCUGAGGGUAGGGGGCCCCCGGGGGCCCCCCAUACAUAAAAAUAUUAUAAACAGCAGCAGCAGCAACAGCUGCAGCAGCAGCAGCAGCAGCAAUACACUCUCUCUCUCUCUUCCUUCUGUUCCUUCUGCUGCUGAUUCUGCUUCUGCUGCUGCUGCUGCUGCUGUUCCUGCUGCUGCUGCUGCUGCUGCUGCUGCUCUUACUCAUCUCCACCCCACCGCCCGCAUCACCUCUCGCCCCCCAGCAGCAGCAGCAGCAGCAGCAGCAGCAGCAGCAGCAGCAGCAGCAGAAGCAACACCAACAGCAGCAUCAUCAUCAUCAUCAUCAUCGCAGCAGCAGCAGCAGCAGCAGCAGAAGCAACACCAACAGCAGCAUCAUCAUCAUCAUCAUCAUCAUCAGCAGCAGCAGCAGCAUCAGCAGCAGCGACAGCAACAGGCACCGCCACCGCAGCUUCAGCAUCAGCAUCAGCAGCAGCAGCAGCAGCAGCAGCAGCAGCAGGAGCAGCAGCAGGAUCAGCAGCAGCAGCAGCAGCAGCAGCGGCAGCAGGGGGAGGGGAUGGGAGAGGAGAAGGAGCAGCUGCAACAGCAGCAGCAGCAGCAACAGCAGCAGCAGCAGCAGCAGCAGUAUAUACGGCGGUAG